AUGCCUCCCAGGACCUCCAAGAACUCUGCUACUGUUCCCACCUCGCCUCCUAAGUCCCCUCCUAAGUCUCGUAGGAGUGCCAGAAAGCGUGCUGCAUCAUCUGUUGAUGCCUCUGUGGAACCAGCUGCCAAGAAGGUUGCCAUGGACAGUGAAGUGGGUGAGACUGGAGGUGAGGGUGAGGAUAAUGAAGGUGGAGCUACAGGAAAGAAAGGGGACAAGGGAAACAAGAAAUCUAGUGCCAAACCUAUAAAGGCUGCAGUUGAAAAGGCAGCCACAGGCCAAUCUGCCCUGACUUCGAGGGCUAGUUCUGUAAAGGCUGCAGCUGAAAAGGCAGCUGCAGAUCAUCUUACUAAAACUCAGAAAAUUUUGCUUGAUAGUGGAGCAGCUAUAGCUCCACCUCCUAGGCCUGUCCAAGAGGCUACCACAGUGGUAUCUUCCACCAAUGAGCUUCAGACUAUCAUUGAAAAGCAAGCACCAGCUGUGGUAAAGACUCCUCGUCAGCGUGUAACUGAAGUUCCAGAGGGAGAGAUGUCUACCAAAGAGGGUAUGACAGAUGACGAGGUGAAGGACAAAGGAAAGGGAAGAGACAUGGCGAAUAUUGGAGAAGUGAGUGGGAGUGGGAGUGAGAGUGGUGAUCAGGAUGAGCUAAAGGGUCAGGGUGAUGGCGAAGAUGAGGGUGAAGAAGAUGGCGAAGAUGAGGGUGAAGAAGAUGGCGAAGAUGAGGGUGAAGAUGAGGGUGGUGAAGAUGGUGAAGAGGAGGGUGAGGAUGAGGGUGAAGAGGAGGGUGGAGAUGAUGAUGAAGUUGAGGGGGAGAAGGACAAGGAGUCAGGUGAUGAUGUGGAAAAAGUUGAGGAGGAUGCAGGCAAAGUCAAAGAUGCAGGUGUUGAUCAAGAUGUUGAGAUGGUGGACAUCAACAAGGUUGGAACUGUGGCAGAGACAACUGUCUCUGUUGCAANCUGCUCUGCUAGUCCUGGUCUUCCUGUUGCUGCUGCUGCUACUACUAGCCAACCUGCUGCUGCUACUACUAGCCAAUCUGUUCCAGUUGUCGCUGGCCCACCUCAGGGUGUUUGGGUUCACUUUACCCAAGAGCAGACUGCAAUGGCUGACGCUCUUGAGAUUCCAGUGGCUUUGCAUCGCACUGGUAAUGCACUUAAACUUCAGGAGCAUUACACUCGCUAUCUUGCUCUUCUUGAGGCUGAGAAGAAAUUCAAGAAGAUGCAGAAGGAUGGAACUUGGCCUGCAGAGCUUAGACUGCCUGUCGGUAGAGAGAUUCCGAACCUCUUCAUCAGCAAAUCGACCUGGCAUGAUUAUUGGACCAAGAUUUUUCCUCACAUCACAGAGUAUCCAGAAAUGGUAAAAUGGUUGAGUAAUGAUGAGGACAGUAUGGAGACUGAAGAGUUGUUUGGGGUGAAGAUGAAGGCGUAUCAUUUUGCAGAGUUGCUUGCAUGGGUGCAGAAUGGAGGAUCAUUGAUCAAGCUGAAGAAAGGUGCAGCAAAGGAGGCAUCUGCAGGCACAUCAAAGAAAUCGUCUACCUUGAAGAAGCCUGCUGGAUCUGCUAAGAAGGUGGCCACUUGA